ACCAAAGUUUGUCGAAAAAAUUGACUGAUGGAGGUACGCACUACCAUGAUUCCUCUUGAAUAUUUAAGUGACAGUUUUUUUAUUAAAAAUUAUGGGAUGUAAAAUCCAAUCAAUGACGUCACGCCGCGCAUGAUCAAUUUAGACGAAAGGCCGCUCUCACGCAGGGGGAAGGGACUCGACCUAUCAGUGCCCCUGGGAAAAACGGAGUAGAGGAUCCUUUAUGCGUAUUUCUGUUGUGAUAUCGUGAUAGUAGAAGUCCAUUGGUACACAAUGGCAGGAAAGAUAAGUAAAGACGAAAUGGAAGACAGCAUGGAUUAUGAAGAGGAGGCCGGCGAAGUUGAUGACUCAACCGUAUCUUCGCCCACCCCCUCCCCCCGCCCUGCUAUAGCAGAGGUCAGAGGGACGAGAAUGGGUGUGUCCUAUGAAAGCUUUGGUGAUGAGGCAUCUGUUGAAAAGAAAGGAAAGAAGAGGAAAAAGAAGGAUAGUGAAGAGAAAAGGAAGAAAAAGAAAAGCAAAAAACCAAAGAGAUAUGAAGAUGACGAGGACUAUGGUUCAGGGGUAGCAGAUGAUGACGAGGAGGAUUAUGUUUCAUCCAAGAAGAGAAGACAGAAGGACAGAGGUGGAACAAGUGCUCCAAAGGAGAAGAAAAGCCCUUCAGAUCAGAUUGCAGAGGAACUUGGCAUCAACAAUGUAGACAUACCAUUUGAUGACGAUGACUACAUCUCCCUUAAUAAUUACAAGCUUUUCAAACAACAUGUGCAACCAAUCAUACAAAAAGCCAAUCCUAAAGUUGCUAUGGCUAAAAUGGUGACCUUAAUUGGAGCCAAGUGGCGAGAGUUUGCCCAGAUUGUAGCUCAUCGUAACAAAGACAAAGAUGAAGGAAGUCCAUCCGAAAAGGAGAGAGCAGAUACGUCACGAGACGGAGCGUCCUCCGAAAAAGAGGAGGAGGUCACAGAUACGGAAAUAAGGGAAAAUGAUGAAGAUACAGAGCCUCACAGUGACCCUGUUCCAGAGGAAACUAGCAAGAAGAAGAGAAAAAAGUCCAAGAAAACCGUGCCUGCCAUCAAAAUAAAAAUCGGCAAGAAAAAGAGGGGCAGAAAGAAGGCUGCCUCAGAUGAUGAUGGUGUAGGAUAUGACACAAGUGAUGAAGAAUUUGAACGUCAGUUGGAAGAGGCCUCAAUUCUGGAGGAGGAAGAAAAAGCUGCAGCUGAGGCAGUGCCCAAAAAGAAGUCCAAGACUAAGAAGGGGAGAGGUCGUGGAAAGAAGAAGACCAAACUGACCAAUAAGUAUCCGACUGAUCCUGAUGCUGACGGCUAUGAGACUGAGCAUCAGGACUACUGUGAGGUGUGUCAGCAGGGAGGGGAGAUAAUCCUCUGUGACACUUGUCCACGAGCUUACCAUUUGGUCUGCUUUGAUCCUGAACUGGAGGAACCCCCAGAGGGAAAAUGGAGCUGUCCUCAUUGUGAGGGUGAAGGAAUUAAGGAGCAGGAGGAGGAUGACCACAUGGAGUUUUGUCGGGUUUGUAAGGACGGUGGGGAACUCCUGUGUUGUGACACCUGUCCAUCAGCAUAUCACGUCCACUGUCUCAAUCCACCAAUGAAAAUCAUUCCAGACGGUGAAUGGCACUGCCCGAGGUGCUCAUGUGAGCCACUGAAAGGAAGGGUGGCCAAGAUUCUUACUUGGCGUUGGACUGAGCCUCUGCAGGAGGAGGGAAAGAUGGAGGAAUUAGACCACACCCAUCCACACUUACCCGCCUCCACUAGAAAGUUAAUGGUAAAAAAUGGGGGUAAAUAUGAGCCCAUGGAUUUACAAAGAUUAAUUGAGUUGAGCAAUAAGAAUCGUAAACCUCUGAGGGAAUUUUUCGUUAAAUGGCAUGAUCUGUCUUAUUGGCACUGUAGCUGGAUCUCAGAGCUUCAGCUGGAUGUGUACCACCCAGCAAUGUACAGGGCUUACAUAAGGAAGAAUGACAUGGAUGAACCACCACCACUGGAGGACGGCAGUAGCUAUGGAGGAAAGGACUACAAAAAACACAGGAAGGGUAGAGAUGGCAAGGAAGAGAGCAAAGAUGAUGAUGAAAAUAAUCUAGAAGAGAAGUUUUACAAAUACGGAGUUCGACCCGAAUGGCUGCAGAUGCAAAGAAUUAUCAAUCACAGACAAGGUAAAAAUGAAACCUGGUACCUGGUGAAGUGGUGCGACUUGCCAUACGACCAAUCCACAUGGGAGAAGGAACACAAAGACACCCCAGAGAUUUCAAAGCACAUCAAUCAGUAUGAUGCCCUCAGAGCACUCAUGAUGGGAGAGAAAAGGAAAAAAGGAAAAGGAGGAAAGAAGAGUAAAGAUGGUUCAGACAUCGUGGUGAAGAUGCCACCAUCUUACCCAUCAACUGAUCUGAGGAAGAAGUGGGAUAAACAGCCCGAGUACAUUGAUGCCACAGGGGGAACUCUUCAUGCCUACCAGCUAGAGGGAGUCAACUGGCUGAGGUACUCCUGGAGCAAUGGAACAGACACCAUCCUCGCAGACGAGAUGGGGCUGGGUAAAACCAUCCAGACCAUCACAUUCUUACAAUCAUUAUAUCAAGAGGGUCAUUCAAAGGGUCCAUUCCUGGUGAGUGCCCCCCUGUCUACUAUCAUCAACUGGGAGAGAGAAUUCGAAUUCUGGGCUCCAGACCUGUAUGUGGUUACCUACAUAGGAGACAAAGACUGCCGCUCGGUCAUCAGAGAGCACGAGUUCUCGUUUGACGAGAACGCGAUCCGUGCGGGACCUAAGGCGAGUAAGUUGAAAUCUGACUGCCAUGUCAAGUUCCAUGUGUUAUUAACAUCGUACGAGUUGAUCAGUAUAGACAGUGCCUGUCUAGGAUCUGUGGACUGGGGUGUGUUGGUUGUAGACGAGGCUCACAGGCUGAAAAACAAUCAGUCUAAGUUUUUCCGUAUUUUGUCCAAUUACAAAAUUGGUUAUAAGUUGCUGCUCACUGGGACUCCUUUACAAAACAACUUGGAGGAAUUGUUUCAUCUUUUGAAUUUCCUCAGUCCUGAUAAAUUCAAUGACUUGACAAACUUCUUGGAUGAGUUUGCAGACAUAGCUAAGGAGGACCAAGUGAAGAAGCUACAUGACAUGCUGGGGCCUCAUUUACUGAGGCGACUGAAGGCGGACGUCCUGAAGGGAAUGCCCUCAAAGAGCGAGUUUAUCGUCCGAGUCGAGCUCAGUCCAAUGCAGAAGAAGUACUACAAGUACAUUCUGACGAGGAAUUUUGAUGCAUUAAAUUCAAAAGGAGGUAACCAGGUGUCUUUGCUCAAUAUCAUGAUGGAUCUGAAGAAGUGCUGCAAUCAUCCGUACCUGUUUCCUACCGCCUCAAACGACGCCCCAAAACUGCCAAAUGGGAUGUAUGAAGGCACGGCCCUUACCAAAGCCUGUGGGAAAUUAGAGCUCCUGUCAAAUAUGAUGAAGAAGUUGAAGGAAAAAGGGCACAGACUUCUCAUAUUCUCACAGAUGACCAAAAUGUUGGAUAUAUUGGAAGACUUCUUAGAAUAUGAGGGUUAUAAGUAUGAAAGAAUUGAUGGUGGCAUCACAGGAAGUCAGAGACAGGAUGCCAUAGACCGAUUCAAUGCUCCUGAUGCACCCCAGUUUGCUUUUCUAUUGUCGACCAGAGCUGGAGGUUUGGGAAUUAACUUGGCCACCGCUGACACCGUUAUUAUUUAUGACUCGGACUGGAAUCCCCACAAUGACAUCCAAGCCUUUAGUAGAGCUCACAGAAUUGGUCAGGCCAACAAAGUCAUGAUUUAUCGCUUUGUUACUCGUAACUCAGUGGAGGAGAGGAUUACCCAGGUUGCCAAGAAAAAGAUGAUGUUGACCCACUUGGUUGUUCGUCCAGGACUUGGAAACAAGGGGGGUGCUAUGUCAAAGCAGGAACUGGAUGAUAUCCUAAAGUUUGGUACAGAGGAGCUGUUCAAAGAUAUUGCUGAAAGAAAGGAGGAAGAGGAAGCUCGUAUUGUGUAUGAUGAUGAAGCUCUGGAUAAACUGCUAGACCGGACUCAGGCUGGACAGGUAGAGAGGGAGAUGGCCAUGAACGAAUACUUCAGCUCCUUCAAAGUGGCAACCUAUGCAUUCAAGGAAGAAGAGGAGGAGGAGCCAGAGACAGAAGUUCUGAAGCAGGAGGCGGAACAUGCAGACCCCGCCUACUGGGAGAAGCUUCUCAGGCAUCACUAUGAACAGCAGCAGGAAGACAUGUCCCGAACUCUUGGAAAAGGCAAGCGUAUCCGUAAGCAGGUCAACUAUAAUGAUGGCAUGACAGGUCACGGGGAUGAUGAUACAUGGAAGAAUAACUUCUCAGACAUUGACUCAGACUUCAGUGCCGCAACAGACAAUGAUGAAGAUGAUGAUGAGUAUGAAGAUUCAGAGAAGAACAAGCGCAGCAGUAGAAGGGGAGGAGCUGAAAAGGACCGCCCCCUGCCACCACUACUGGCUCGUGUUAACGGACAAAUUGAGGUACUGGGAUUCAAUGCCAGACAGAGGAAGGCUUUCCUGAAUGCUGUAAUGAGAUACGGAAUGCCACCACAGGAUGCGUUUAAUUCUCAGUGGCUUGUGAGAGAUCUAAGGAACAAAUCAGAAAAGGUGUUCAAGGCAUAUGUUUCCCUUUUCAUGAGACAUUUAUGUGAACCGGGGGCAGAUAAUGCGGAGGCUUUUGCUGAUGGUGUUCCCAGAGAAGGAUUGUCAAGGCAACAUGUCUUAACCAGGAUUGGCAUCAUGUCACUAGUCAGGAAGAAGGUUCAGGAGUUUGAACAGAUAAAUGGACUGCUUAGCAUGCCUUACGUUCUGGCCACAAAAGCUAUAGAGAUGAUGAAAAAGGAAGGAAAUGGCAAGUCUCCGCUAGCCAGGUCUCCAGCACCAGGGAAUAAGGAAGAGUCUGCCGAUGCAAAGAAAUCUGAGGAUGACAAGGAAAAAAGUGAGGACAAGAAAGAGGAGGAUGUCCAAAAGGAAGGGGAAGAGAAGCCAUCAGAGGUAAAGCAGGAAGUAAAAGAGGAGGAGGCCAUGAAAGAGGAGGAGGCUGUCAAAGAGGAGGGCAAAGAGGAAGUUAAGGCAGAGGAGAAACCAGAGGAGGAACAGAAAGAAGAAAAGGCAGAAAAGAAAGAAGAAGCUAUGGAAACUGAGGAGAAGAAGGAAGAAGUUACCACAUUGAAAGAGGAACCAAUGGAAACUGAAGAAAAAAAAGAGCUCGAGGAGAAGACGGAACCUGAGGAGAAGAGGGAAUCUGAGGAGAAGGAAGUUGAGGAGAAGGAAGUUGAGGAGAAGGAAGUUGAGGAGAAGAAGGAACCUGAGGAAGAGGCUGAUAAGGAGAAGAAGGAGGAUAAAGAGGAGGGUGAAACAGACAAACAAGAGGAAAAGACCGAAAAGUCAGAUUCCAAAGAAGAAACAGAAUCCAAAGACGUUAAGGAGAAAAAAGAGGACAAGACAGAGGAAGAGGACAAAACUGAGGAUAAGGAAGAAAAGACACCGAAAGAGGAAGUGAAAUCUGAGGAGAAGGAUGAAAAGAAAGAGAAGGAGGAUGAGAAAAAGAAAGAGGAGGGCAACCAGAAGUUUAUGUUCAACAUUGCUGACGGAGGAUUUACUGAACUGCACACACUGUGGACCAAUGAACAACGAGCACUCCAUCAAGGGAAGGAGCAUGAAGUCUGGCAUCGUCGCCAUGACUAUUGGCUCCUCGCAGGAAUUGUUACACAUGGGUAUGGUAGAUGGCAGGACAUUCAGAAUGACCACAGGUUCCAGAUUAUCAAUGAGCCAUUCCUCAGUGAACAGGGAAAAGGCAAUUUCCUCGAAAUAAAGAACAAAUUCCUCGCAAGAAGGUUCAAGCUGCUUGAGCAGGCUCUGGUUAUUGAAGAACAGCUGAGGAGAGCAGCUUAUCUGAAUCUGACGCAGGAUCCCAACCACCCAGCAAUGGCUCUAAAUGCCAGGUUUGCCGAGUUGGAGUGCCUGGCAGAAAGUCAUCAACAUUUAUCUAAAGAAUCUCUAGCAGGCAACAAACCAGCAAAUGCUGUUCUCCACAAGGUUCUAAACCAGUUGGAAGAACUCCUCAGUGACAUGAAGCAGGAUGUCAGUCGUCUGCCAGCCACCCUCGCCAGGAUUCCUUCUGUUAGUCAGCGGCUAGCAAUGUCAGAGCGCAGUAUCCUCAGUCGAUUAGUAAAUCCAGGACAGACCCCCGCCCAGUCCUCAGCACCCGUCACCACGGCAACAGCUUCAUCCUCCCAUGCCUCGCCUGCCACAACAGCAGCAUUCCUCACUCAGACAGGUCUGCCUGCUGGCUACACAGCGUCUAACUUCCCCACGGGAUUUAGGCCACAGUUUGGUCCCCCUCAAUCCCCAUUUGGUCAAGGACCUUUGGGUUUUCCUCUGAUUCCCAACAUGCCAAGUCAGCAUGAUAUAAGUACAACAUUAUCUGCCAUCUUGAGUCAGAGUGGUCAGCUGUUGGGCCAGACCGGAGCAAUGAAAUCCUCAGCGACCCCCAGUCCCUCCCACAGGUCACCAGCCUCUACUCCAGGGCCGCCCACUUAUGAUCAGGCGACUGCACCGUUUCUUCCGUCUCCCGCUGACCCAUUUACAUGGCAGGUUGGUGCCGAUUCGGCAGCUAAAUCGGCCAUGGAAUCUUUACUGGGACAGAGCCUAGCCCAGACAAAGGAGAAGUGAAUACUAGCAAGUCCGAGAAAGCGUCAGAGAAAGAAGUUAUCACCCUUUGUGAUUAAAUGCAGUAAAUAUAGACAAAGUAGUGUGAUUGUGUUUAUGUGUGGGAGAAGCAUGGAGUGGUCACCAACAGGGGAGAUAACUGAUCCUUGGAGACACUUGGAGAAUGACAUUCCUGUAGCAUAAUUUUCGAGAAUCAUUGUUCAUCUAAUGAACUGUUUACAUUUGAAAGAAAAAGUAUUAACUCUGUCACUAUGCGAGCAUUUAUUUUGUUCAUAGUGCUUUGUCCAUAUCAUCCAACCUUUGAAAAGAAAAACAUUAUGUACAGUAUGUGAACAUUAUAGUCCCAUAUUGCUGUUCUGUUGUGAUUUGUAAUCAGAAGUCAUUCAUUGGUGCUCCACUUAUACAAACUCUCAUCUGUUCUGUGUUCUGUGUACUGUUUCUAUAUUUAUUGAAUACACAAUCUGUAACAAAUAUAGAACUAAGGAAUAUCGGGACAUUUUAUUUCUGUUCUUGGCUUUAUAGAGUUACAAAGUGGUAGUUGUAUAGAUUUGGUUCCCAUUUACAAUGAAUUGUGUAUGAUGAUGUUUGUGAAUCAUGUGACUACAGAUUGUGACUCGCAUGACGUAUGAGCAUUUGUGGCGUGGUCGACUUGCUGUAAUUAUUAUAUAGUAAACGAUAUUGUCAAACAGACAAUGACAGCUGCAAUUGCGUUCCUGGAAGAUCCGAUACCUUGUGUUGGAGAACAUUUUGACAAAAAUGUUGAAAUGUGUUCAUUUGACCCUAAAUUAUCAAUUGAAUAUGCCUCACAUAUAAGUCAAGAUGUUUUUGAAAUUUAUGUCCAUAUAAGCUGCUGAAAGUUGCUAUAAGAUGGACAAAUAACAAGUAUUUAGAUAUGAUUGAUUGUAAUGCAGGUCAUUCAUAUAAAACUAUCCUACAAGUCACGUCAUUUCCAACUGUGGUUAUAAUACGCAACUGUUUUAAUUAAAUGGAUGAAAAAAUAAAUGAACUUAGAAGUU